CUGGAACCAAAAUAAUCACGCCCACUUUGUCCAAACUCAAAAAUGCAUAAUCUGCCGCAUCUGCCGGUUGUAGAGAAGAAAGCAAGCAACGAAUUUGAAUAAAUAAUUCAAUCAAAUGUCAAUGCCGCGCACUUUACAUAUGCACACAACUUAGCAUGUUGUUUUUUUACAUAUUUGACUUCGAGAUGUGAAAAGUAAAAGGGUGCAUGAGAGAGCUUUCUCUUCCUCUGCUGACAAUAAUCAUCAGUUUGAUCUUGAACCUGAAACUGGAUUGUCUUCUGACGCGCUGCAAAUUUUCUCUCAUACAAGAUGCUGUUAAAAUUUGAGUCAAAAUAUUUCUAUAAUUGCAAGAAAUUUCUGAGCACCACUGCCAAACCAUACAGCUCUCUGCCGACACCGAAGUCGUGGCCAUUAAUCGGGAAUGCCCAUUUAUUCGGCAAAAAAGGACCCUACACUUUUGAAAGACUGACUGAGGCGGUCAAUUCGCUGGCAAAAGAACUGGGCCCAGUUUUUAAACUGAAGCUUGGGAGCACCGAGAUGGUGAUAUCGAUUGACCCCGAGGACUCAAAAAAGAUGUUUCAAGCAGAGGGUGUCAGACCAUUUAGACCCUCCUUCCCAGCACUUGAGCAUUACAGAAAAAAUACUUAUGGCAGCUUUGGUAUUGUUCCUGGAAAUGGCAGCGAGUGGUACAAAUUUAGAAAAGCUAUAAACCCACUUUUGAAGCAGUUGGUCUACGAAGCGUACUUUGAUCGUCAGAAAAAAGUGGCAACUAAUUUUGCUGAUAGUUUGAAAGCUCAACUGGAUGGUGAUGGAGUUCUGCGUGAUGUUCAUUUCCACCUCACAAAUUUUGCUAUACAAGCAAUAUCUGUUGUUACACCUGGAAAUUUAGAGCUCAGUGAGACAGAGGAGUUCAAAGAAAUCAGCAAAGCUAAUGUUGAGUUCAUGGACGGAUUGUUUAGGACCUUCAUGGGCCCUCCCCUGUGGAGGUUGUUUAAAACCAAAGGCUAUCGUCUUUUGGAAAAUGCUCACAACAAAUUCCACUCUCUUCUGAAAGAUAAGGUCGACAGCGCCUGGGUUUCCUUCAGCUCGGAUCCUACAAAUUUUAAAACUGAGCAUCCAUUUAUGUUUGAAAUUAUGAAGAACCCAGAGUUGUCUAAGGAAGAUGUUGUCAUGUUAGUGAUGGAGUCUUUUAUUGGAGGAAUUGACGCUACUGCCACUGCUGCUGCCAUGUGUCUGAACUACUUGGCUUUGAACAAAGAGAGCCAAGAGAAAGCAGCCAAGGAGAGUCAAUCAGCACAAAAUGAUUUCCCUUACAUUAGGGCGUGCAUCAAAGAAACCCUCAGACUGUCACCUACAGCGGGUGGUACCUCAAGAUUUUUAUUUAGGGAUGCAGUAAUUGGCAAUUAUUUGAUCCCAGCAAAAACAUUAGUUUCGGCCUUCAGCUCAAUUUCGUCUCUUCAAGAGGAAUAUUUUGAAAAUCCCGAUUCAUUUGUGCCUGAAAGGUGGCUCAGGGAUGAAGAGUUGUACAAAAAGCAUCACCCCUACGCCUCUCUUCCUUUUGGUCAUGGACCGAGAAUGUGUCCUGGUCGACGUUUAGCCGACCAGGAGCUGCAAUUAAUAGUGAGCGAGAUUUUGAAAAAGUACAAACUCAUAUCUAUUGAUGAUUCCCCUGUUGGAAUGGUGUUUCGCAUGAACCGCGUGCCUGAUCGGAAAAUCGACUUGAAAUUGGUCGAGAAAAUGUGAUAAAUUAAAAAUAAACACAGUAGGUAUAAUUGCGAUUAAGCGAUGGAGGCUUCCUGCAAUAUAGAGAUUCGCAUUCGCCUAUGAUGCCAGAUCUGGAGAGCCUCCGUCAAUACAUUCCAACCUCUGAUAACAUAUUUUUUUUUUUUAUAUUUUCUGAAGUCUUUUCAUAACAAAAUAGAUUAACACUAUUUAUCUUAUUUACAUUAUAAAAUAUUAUGCUUCUGUGAUGGUGAUGUAUUUAUAUGGCAAUAUUUUACACCAAUAAACCACAAUAUGGAUCCCAGUGUUCA